AUGUCCAAAGUCCAUCUAGAUACCUCAAACUACCCAUUCAGAUUUGAACCAUUUCUGCGACAAGAAUAUUCGUUUUCGUUGGACCCCGAUCGUCCUGUUUGCGAGUUUUAUAAUCCACGAGAAGGCCCAUCGUCCUGUCCAAAUGGAACUUCAUGUCCGAACAAGCAUGUUCUUCCCAUAUUUCACAACAAAAUAGUGUGCAAGCACUGGCUGCGAGGACUUUGCAAGAAGAACGACCAAUGUGAGUAUCUUCACGAAUAUAACCUGCGGAAAAUGCCGGAAUGCGUAUUUUUCUCUAAAAACGGUUACUGCACACAAUCGCCAGAAUGUCAAUAUCUGCAUCUGGAUCCCAGCAGCAAAAUCCAGGAGUGUGAAGAGUACAAGAUGGGGUUCUGUCCGGCAGGAUCGGGGUGUAAAAAGAGGCACGUCAAGAAAACUAUAUGUGCACGUUACGUCACAGGAUUUUGCCCGCUGGGUAGAGCCGAUUGCGACUUGGAACACCCUCCAUUUGUGAUUCCAAAUGAACUGAGCAAGCUACGUAUUAAAAAUGAUGACGAAAUAAACACCAAGAAAUUGGAUGAAGAGAAAGAGCGUCGUUUGAAUGCUAUCAUCAACGGUGAAAUUCCAGCAUAG